UCUGCAAUGUCAUAGGUAGAACCAUGUCUAAGGCUAUACUCCUUGUAUGUCAGCUGGUGGUUUUAACACGGCGACAAUUGCACAGAGGCUUGUAGGAGUGCUAAUGCUCGCAGAUGCUGGUGAAAUAACACGUUCAUUGCUUUUAGUUGAACUUACGCCAUGCUUCUAUGAGGAUGCUGAGACCGCUAGAGAACCCGGGAGGGAGCUAUCUACAUUUCAUCGGGGCUGUCCUCGUUGGCAUCGUCGGGUACUCGCGGGCGUACCCGUUCGGAGCACCGUCGGUCGCCUGCCAAGACCUGACUCCGGGCCACGGUAAAGCAGGGGCGUCCAGCCGGGCAUACCGCCUCGAGCUUACCGACAACUGGGGGAACGGCGUCGAUGGAUACCUUACAGGGAAGACCUAUCAUGUGUCCAUCGUCACUACAGAGAACUGGCCGCCGUUUCGAGGCUUCGCCCUCAAGGCCACAGCCAAGGACGAUCCCGGCAUCUUCAGGGGGACCUUCCGCGGUCCCCUGCCCGGGGGGACCCAGGAGAUGGCCGGCUGCGGCUCCAUGAACGCCGUCACCCACACGGACAGACAGGAAAUGGUUCGGGUGGACUUCCGGUGGACCGCCAGGAAGAACGACACGAAGUGCAUCAAGUUUUGGGCUACUGUUGUACCGUCCAGUGACGAAUGGUACAAGCUGUCAAAGGAAAUCUGCCCGCAACCUGUCUCCAACUCCCAGAGUAAGUGUGAAAACGGGUGGAGCCAACAUGGCGGCCACUGCUACCUGGUCGGGCUGCAACUGAGCACAUGGGACGAGGCACGCUGGGAUUGCAAAACCAGAGGGGGGACUUUGACAAGCAUAGCCAGUGACUUGGAGGAAAGUUUCGUGUCAGAAACUAUACUCCAAAGCGAAAGUUACAACAGUGCACAUGCAUUCUGGAUCGGAGGCCACGACAGGCGUACUGAAGCCAACUACAUGUGGGUAGACGGAUCGAAGUUCAGACAUUUCAACUGGUUUUCUGGAUGGCCUAAGCACAACAACUACGCCUCUCAGCCCAGCGAUGACGGCUUGGGUAACGAGGACUGCAUCGCUAUCAGGCAGUCCUUCCCUGUCCCAUCAGGAGGUCUUCAGAGCAGCAAUAAACUGUACUGGAACGACGAGCACUGCCAGAACCGCAAUAGAUAUGUAUGUCGUAAGGAAAUCUCUGCAGGUUAUCUAGGAGUGGUUCCUGCCGCCCCGUCAUGCAACAGGACACUGUCAGGGACGUCGGGAACUUUCUCCAGCCAAAACUUCCCACGUAACUAUCCCCUGGACGUUGUGUGUUUCAUCACUAUAAAUGCGCCCGAGGGCCACAGGAUAGCGAUUGACUUCCUAUCGUUUAAGCUAGAGGAGAGUGACGGCUGUGUAGCUGACUACGUUGAAGUGAAGUCUCCUGGGAUACCUCCCGUGAGGCACUGCGGUGACUGGACCAGACGGGUGAAGCUGUUGCGGUACAUCACCAAUCAGCACGUGGUGACGGUUAAAUUUGUGAGCGACUACGCCGUGACAUCUUCCGGGUUUGCUGCAAGAUUCUCCACGGAGAGAGAACGCAGUGACUGCCAGGAGCCAGGCUGGCUGCAGUAUCGCACCCACUGUUACCGGGUUAUCGCAUCGCCCCUGGUGUCGUGGCAGACUGCAAGUGCUACCUGUCAAGACCUCGCCGCCAAGUUGACCAGCGUGCUCGACGGGACAGAAGGUCGCUUUCUGGUAGACCUAUUAAUGCAGAGGGAAGACUUCGAUCCGAAAAUCCUUUACUGGCUGGGCGCCAGGCGACACCCCGGGAGGGAAGAGUGGCACUGGACAGACGGGUCCGACUUCAGAUUCAGAGACUGGAUCCCGGGUCGGAACGAGACAACCCAUAACUCCCAGCGCGCCCCGCGGGAAGAGUGCCUGGCGCUGCAGUACGGACCCGGCGGCAAUGAUGGCGGCCAGGCCGGGCUAGAGGACCGACUGUACUGGAACGGACUAAGCUGCUCGAGCAAAGCUCGAUACGUCUGCAAGAAGGCCGCUUCAGCACAAACAAACCAGCGGCUACCACACGCAAGCAACGUCAUAAUAAGGGGGUUGAAUGGAACAAUUCGCAGCCCAAACUUUCCCCAUUUUUAUCCCAAGAACUCCAACUACUCCGUAACUGUGGCAGCACCUAAAGGAUACAGGUUGGCUUUGCGCUUUACAAGCUUUUGUGUAGAAUAUCAAGAAAAUUGCCUGUAUGACUACGUCACUAUCCAAGAUGGCGACGAUGGGCCAACCACAAAGAAUUGUGGGAACUACACCUCUAACCUCCAAGACCUUCAAAGAGUCUCCUUGGGCGAUACCCUCCGUAUUACACUGAUAUCCGAUCACUCCAACUCCUGCAGCGGUUUUGAAGCGUCCUUUAAAACUAUAAAUGUGGAGCUCUGUAGGAACGAAACCCACACGUCGCCUAAUGGUACCCUGGAAAGUUUGUCCUUCUGGGGAAGCUACUUCAACAACGUGGACUGCACGACAACGGUGACAGCACCGGAGGGAUACCGGGUGUUCUUUGAAUUCACAUCGUUCCAUCUGCAGUACUCCAGGGAAUGUCGGCAAGAUUUUCUACAGAUGUUUCUGGACGGAGAAGACAUUGCCAUAACGCUGUGUGGAGAUAGGACUAGAGACCUGCAGCGUAUGAAGUACAUCACAUACGGAAGCCUCCUGAGGUUACGGUUCCAUUCGGAUGGCUACGGAAGCUACCCCGGGUACAUGGCGUCGUACACUGUAGUCCAAGAAAUGUCCGGAGCAGUGGAACUAGACGCACGCCAUGCAGGGACGAUGCAAUCUCCCAACUUUCCCAACCCCUAUCCCAGUGGCCUGGACUACCAUUACGUCAUCCACGCGCCAAAGGGCCACAAGGUGAUGCUGUCGUUCUCAACCUUCGACAUUCUGAAGUCCAAGAACUGCACGCAAGAUCACGUGGUUCUUGUCGGGGUGGAGCGAGGGGGCGAGGUUGUCCUGUGCGGGGAAAUCACCGACAGAGGCACAUUACAGUACACGUCCAUCAGCCGCACCCUGGUGGUCAGGUUCGUUGCAGGGAAUGCCACCAAUGCUGGGACCGGAGCAGGGUUUAUAGCCGACUACUUCAGCAUUCCGCAGAACCGGACGGUGGUGCCCAACAACGCUAUAUGUCCCGGUGCCCUACCAGGAUACUACUGUACGUGUCAGCCGACCAGAACAGAAUGUAUCAAAAUAGAUGACAGCGUCAGGGACACCACGCCCAUACGUUCUACGGGAGGAGGGGGAGGAGGAGGGGUGUACAUAGCUGACUCCUUCUGGGCAGGCAUCUGUAUCAUCAUCCUGAUGCCGCUCACGGUGUGGGUGGUGGUCUGUGUGCAGAAGAACCGAGCCGACUGUCGCAGAGACCCGGAGAAAGCGGCCAAGAGAUACAAUGUUGGAGAAGACUCAGAGGCGGCCGACCCCAUCGCAACGACAGAAGCAUCUCUAGCCAAGAAGAAGCUAAACAGAAAAUGCUCAGACAGACGAAAACAUUCACCGCCGAAAGCAAAAGACAAGAAGUCGUGCAGAAUAUUUUGCUGCAGACCAAGCGGCUGCUGUAAGCCGAGUGGUUGCUGUAGCUGCUGCUGUCCGCGGCGAGAGCUGGAGAGGGACGGCAGCAGUAUCAGGAAAAGUGUGGAGGAUGACGACACCACAGGGGAGGAAUCCGAGGAAGACUCACUGGAGAAACUCAAGUUGAGAAAGAUAAGCAAAGACUACUUGACCGUGGACAGGUACUUUAGCGACGACCAAAUUAGGAAGUACAACGGCGGCCGCUACGACCCUGCUGAGGAUGCCAUGAGGAACGGACUCAUAAAUAUUGACUAUACGCCUUCAUACAUUCCACAGAGGAAGGACAGUAGGGCGAUGGAAGAAGAGGAGAUGAGAAAAAUCAAAGUACAACUGGUAGACGAGGAAGAAAACAAGGCUGGAAUUGCCGUGCAAGUGACACAACUGUAAAAUGACAAAUCUACAAGAAAAGAUAUCGAACUUCUACAUAUGAACGCUUACAGAACAUGUUCAAUUUCUCACAAGAGGCAGCAAGAUUCACCUACUAAGUAUACUGUUUAUGCCAAAUAAUACGAUUGAAUAGAUAACAUUGAGGAUAACUGGGCGAUAAAAUGUUAAGCAAAUGUGUACAUGUUUACGAAGAGAACAGCACAGCAGGCGUUUACUGUUGAUUUCACUACUUUAGGUGUUGACGGUUCUCUGAGGCGCCAUUAGUCCGUUAAUCUCCAACAUUGUCAGAGCUGAUUAAUGGAAUAAUAUCGACAAAAUCAGGGUUUGUCCCUCAGAACAUUAUGCUUCUGCAACCGAAAUUUCUUUCAACUAUCUUUUUACUAGUAUAUCAUUCAUAUUCGUUCAUAUUUCACACAUAUCCCGCGCAGUAGACUUUACUGAACAUGAUCAUUGUUGAUGACAUUUGGAUGUUUGGGGCACCACUAAGUUUCCAAAAUGUACGGAAGAAAAUAUGAUUUCAAAAUGGUUAUGGAACAUCUAUUCGACCUAUCAAAGCUCAAGGAUGGUGGUAAGAGGUAACCGAUGUCUUGGUACGACCCCAGGUGUUAGAUUUAUAAUGGCAUUUCGCCCACGUUUUCCUCUUUCGUCAAAGCUACGUUAUAUUGCGGUCACCUUCGUCGUAAGGGAUAAUGUCAUAGGAUUUCCAAGCAGGCCAUGACAGAACCAACCACUGUUAAGGUUCUAAGAUUGUUUUUUUAUGGUAUCAAGCCAAGACAGACUUUCGCACGACACUUCUACGACUAUCCCUCAAAUGCCCUCAAUUUGCGAUUGUUCGACAAUCGUACGAUUGUGAUAAGAGAUACACAUUCCGAUGUUUUAAUAUAUGUAUUAGGUACCUGGUACGUAUUGCUAUGAGAAGCCAUAAGGGGCACGUGUACACUGACGGCAUUGCAUGUAUUGCAGGAUAUCGAACAUGCAGGUACACAUGUAUGUGUUCAUUCACAAUAUCUGAUGAGUAUUCCGAAUUUAUUGCCAGACGAAUUCUUCUCACUAACUCAUUUGCCAAACUUUGGCUGCUUAUUUCUAGAAGUCUGGCAAACUUUACAUCAUACAUGUUAUUACCAUGCCGGCGCUACGGCAAAGGGCUUUGGCAACUUGACAAUGUUGCCUACAAAGAUGUUAUGAUCUCGCACAUGCUAGAUCUGUAUGGUUGGAAUAGAUCAAUAGGAACUUCUAUAGACAUCGCUGGCAGGCUGCCGUUUCAGAGACUUUGCCUGUUGAGAUGGAGCCAAGACAAUUUUGCCUGGACCGGAAAAAAAUUUGUACGUGUAAAAUAAUGUAACAUAGGACAUAACCAUAGUAACCUGUAAUCAUGUACAGUAUCAACGAUACCAUCGCUGGAGCACCUGUCCAUUUCAACAUCCAGUAAUGCGUAAUGAUUGUCUGCUUUUGUUCCAACGCUGAUGUAUUGUAUUGUAUUGUAUAGCGCAUGGCAGUGCCAAGAGUCUUGACUGAAGAUUCUUGACCGUUGUCUCCGUAUUUCCUGUAAAUUAAAGCCGGA